ACGAGCGGUAAGUCAAGUCAAUGAAAUGCUCAUCAUCAAACUGUCUCUGCAAAUUUAGAUUAAACAUAUAACUGAAGCAGAUCUCGUGUUACGGGGGACCCUGAGACAGCGGAGACAGACAACUGCUUAUUCGCAGAGGCACCAUGGCUGGAUUCUGGAUGCACUUUGAAUCGGAGGAUAUCUUAUGCGAGAUGCGCUUCGGCCUGAGCCACUCGCAGAAUUUGUGAGUCAUCUGCUCCAAGCGAAGACGUUGACGUUAUCGAUCCUACUUCACUACAUUGAAGGAGGCAGUGUUAAGUAAUAACAAUCUAAGAAGGCAGCUUUAUCUUUCUUCCCCACACAGUUCAUCUGGCCUCCAGAUCGCUGAUUCAGUGGCCAUGUGUGAUCCAGAGGGACACGGAGAGAACGCCCCCAACAGGCUGUCCAACCGAGAUGCCAUCCAGCUGCCCGACGAGCUCUCCCUGAGCGACUCCGACCCCGACGACACCUUCACGCCGUUCGGCCAGCGGGUGGAGGACCUGUCGUCGUCCUCCGACGAGGAUGAGGCCAGAGGCCACCGACAGCCGGGGGUCCCGCCGCCGACUCUGCCCCCGCCGCUGCCGCCGUCGUCGGGCCGAGGCGAGAGCGUGUUCCAGCUGCGCGGCGGCAGCCUGGGCUUCUCGGACCGCAGCCGCAACAUCUUCGAGAGCCUGGAGAGCGCCGUGAAGCUGACGUCGGCGCAGCUCGGCGACGACAACGUCCUCAGCGGCACGUUCGCUCGCCCCGCGCCGCCCUCUCCCCCCCCACUGUCCCGCGGCGGCAGGAAGUCGGGCGGAGGUUCGCCCGGCCGCGCGGCACCCAAACAGCCGCCGCCUCCGCAGACGGCGCCCGUGGCGGCCAGCAAGGUGCCCGACUACCUGGCGCACCCCGAGCGCUGGACGCGCUACAGCCUGGAGGACGUGCCCGAGACCAGCGACCGCCGCAACAGCCAGGUGGCGCAGCAGUUCAUCCAGGGCCUCCAGGAGACGAACCGCAAGAGCCAGGACGAGCGCGACGAGUCCUUCAUGCCCUCCUUCAACCAGUCCCAGGGCUCCGGAGACCAGCACAAGAUCCUCUUCUCCAAGCCCCGUCUGGGCUCCAGGGAGGAGGCGGGCAAGGCUGGCCGAAAGAAGGCCGGAGUGGGGCUACUGCACCUGGACGAGGCCCAGGAUGAGGAGGAAGGCGCUAGGCCCGACAGGUCUCGUCACGGCCACCCGCGCAAGGAGGAGCGCAAGAGGAAGUGGGCGCCCAGCAAGGAGUGGGGGGACGAGGACGACCCGGAGGAGGAGCCGGAGAAACCAACCAGCGUCGCUUUCAGCAUCAGCAGCAAGAAGGUGAACCGCAAGCACUUCCGCAAAAUGGCCGAACAGCAGCCUCAGGAGGAGGAAGAGGAGGAUUAGCACCUUCCUCCGCAGACGCCACAUUAAGUACCUAGCCCUAAACAGCAUGAGACUUUAGCCAGUAUGAAAUCCCACCCAGUGUCCCAGGAGCCAGAGAGUGUCUCCUAAUGUUAAAAGUUCAGCGCCUCUGUGUCAUGUUUAGAGUAGCGUAAGUGUAGGCACCAGUGUUACCAUCACGCUCUCCCAUUUCUUGUAUUUAUCAGUGUUUGUAAUUGAAUACCAAAUGUCAUGAAAAAAAAAACCCUCUAACCUCAUCAAGUCAUGCAUUGUUAGGAUAGUUGGACAUUGACGUGAAAUAGAUAAAUUACGACAUGGCCCCAAAAACAUUUGUUACUAUAAUGCUGCCACCACACCAAGGACAGUUACUGUAUAGGCUUGUGUGUAAUUUGAUACUGGACUACCACAUACUCCAGUGGACUGGGCGUAACGGGUUUGCAGGCCUGGGGGGUAUAUUCCAAGUACGUAGUUUAGUGACAAUCCUAGCUAAGUUAACUCAGAGUAAGUGGUAAACCUCCUACAACAAAAGUCCGAUGACAGUUUUGGUAGAAGAAUAAAAGCUGUACCGCUCUUCUAUGAGGAGGUUUACCACUUACUCUGAAUGAACUUACCCAGGUUGGUCACUAAACCACGUUCUUGGAAUCCCCCCCCCCCCCCCCGCACAGAAGCACACUACCUUUCCAUUCUAGUCCAUACAUGGCAGGGGGUCUCCAGCAGGUUCCAGGGGCUCCAUAGGCCAUGCUGAUUUAGAGAAGUCUAUUGUUAGUCAGGGUUAAGCGUUGAUGCAACUGUAGAUGCCGUCAUGCAUGAAGUCUCCCACUUCCCAUCGUUUUUUUCCCCAGCCCUAGAGCUUCCAUGGCCGUGCACAGACUGUGGUGAUGAAACUGUGUGACAAAAAUAGUCCAGUAAUGGCGUCCUGAGGAAUGGUUCUUAUCUGUGAAGUGUUUGUAUAAAGUGUUUUUUUUUUUUUUUUUGGUUGUUUGGUUUUUUUGUCAGGUUACAUGGAUACAUCCCUGUAGAAGUUAAACUUAUAAGUGUUAAUUUGUUUUGCAUAAGAUAACAGAAGCCUAUGCACAGGCAAUGGUGUGAUGAUGCUGUGUGGUCAUAUAGUGCAUCCCCGUAGAUGUGUGCAUUUGGUUUACAUAUAGGAGACAACAGAAUCCAGUGGGGAAUGAACAGAGAACUGUGCUGAUAUUCAAUGCAAUAAAAUAUUUUCCUCAUCCGAAA